GUUGCUCAACACACUCCAGUCCAGUAGGCGGCGGAAAAAAGCGCAAUUAAUUCAGGAUGUCAAGCUUUUUUAACCGCCAUUAAAAAUAAAAGAAGACGAAUAACAAUGGUUGAUCAAGCGCGCGAAGUAAUUUUCAAAAAGGAAACCGUCAGCAAACUUUUAAUGCUGUUCUUUAAGGACGACAAAAGCAAAGUCAGCAACGAUUCUGUCAGUCUCAUGGCUGAGAUGCUGAGAAUUUUCGUUAUCGAAGCAACACGCAGAGCAAUAAAACAUGCAGAGAAUGAAGACUGUGUUGGUGUGGAUUUGGAACAUGUUGAGAAAAUUUUGCCUCAGCUGCUUUUGGAUUUCUGAGACGUGAUGCGGCCAACGACUGACUUUUGGGAUCAAUCCGUGAGUGUGGACUUUUGGGACCAAACGUAGUGGCAAGCAUGUUGUGCAUUUGUUGUAUAUAAACAAUAAUUCUCAGUGGCCUAAAAGUUAAUCUGCUGCCAUGUAACUUUCCCUCUUUAGUUUAAAUUUUAUGUGGUUAUAAAUGCAACUUUAUUUGUUUUUGGAAAUCAGUUUAAUAAAAUAUUUUUUCUUGUGUUCAA